AUGCAGGAGGCAGUGUUGAAUGUGAGUUUUCACACUAAAGCAUGCGCUGUGGUCGGCGUUCUCAGCGUGGUCCACAUCCUCGUUACAUUGUUCUUUUAUUUAACAGAAUCGGUAGGUUAUAGAUACACGACUUACGAGCAAGUGUCAUCAGACUUUCCUGAUUUAGUCACUUUGGAAAGUCAUCGAGCAGCCGCACUGGCGUUAAUAAGUCAGGAAACCAAGGGGACAGUGGAAAUAGAUGGAGAUCACCUGUUCUCUAAUGCAAGUGACAUUAAUGAUUACGCAGAUGAAAGCGAAGUGCUUGAACCAUGUCCUGAGACGUCACCACUUUUGGUGGGUCCAAUGCAUGUCGAUUUCUCACAGCCAUUGCAUUUUGAUGUGGUGCGUGAAGAGAAUCUGCUGCUGUUUAUGGGUGGCAGGUAUAAACCCAGCAAUUGUGUGGCUCUCCAAAAAGUGGCAAUAAUCAUCCCAUUCAGAAACAGAGAUGAACACCUUAAGUACUGGCUCCACUUCCUUCACCCAGUCCUACAGAGACAGCAGCUUGAUUAUGGAGUUUAUAUCAUAGAACAGGAUGGAGAUGUCACAUUCAACAGAGCGAAACUGCUCAAUGUGGGAUAUGUUGAGGCACUAAAGGAAUACGAUUAUGACUGCUUCAUCUUCAGUGACGUAGACAUCAUCCCAAUGGACGAUCGAAACAUCUACAAGUGCUCCAGUCAGCCACGCCACCUGUCUGUGUCUAUGGACAAGUUCGGCUUUAGGUUGCCAUACAAACAUUAUUUUGGAGGUGUAUCUGCAAUGAGUAAACAGCAAUUUCAAAGGAUCAAUGGCUUUCCCAAUAAAUACUGGGGCUGGGGAGGAGAGGAUGAUGACAUCUUCAAGAGGCUGCAUUAUCGAGGCAUGGAUAUAUCAAGGCCAAGUGGAGACAUUGGAAAAUGCAGAAUGAUUCGGCACAAGAGAGACGAGAAAAAUGAGCCAAACCCACAGAGAUUUAAGAGAAUUUCUCACACAAGAUUGACAAUGAACACGGAUGGAGUCAAUUCUCUCAACUACAAAGUGAUCGAUAUAAAGAAAGAUCAACUCUACACUAAAAUAACCGUAGACAUCGGCAAGCCAUGAAACAUCUAGAGCUCGGAAGAACCAUUUAGCUUGCAGCAACUCUUCAAGAAACCUCCACAUAAUGCACAGUCCACUAAGAAUGAUCAAAUUAGUAAACCACAAAGAAACUUUCAUCUUUUUUCCCCAAAGAAAUGUUCCUGAGCAUGCAAUGACAAAUUCUUCUGAAGGAAACACUAAAUGAAAUGCAUACACAUACACACAGUAUAUACUGUCUCUAUCAUU